GAUUAAAAUUCAAUCAUAUUAAUCGACGCAGAUAACGUUGUCAGAUCUAGACUGGCCUAAGCUAUAAAUUCUACUUGUCUAGCUGUUUUGAGUUUUGGUUAUAAGGUGAAAUGGCAUCAAAGGUUGGAGUACAAAGAUUACAAAAUCUCGCUGCUUCGGUUAUCAAAAGGGAGGUCCAGACUGCAGCUAAGGCUGCACCUCGGAUGAAAACGUUUUCAGUUUACAGAUGGGAUCCAGAAAAGCCAGGAGAUAAGCCAAGAAUGCAAGAUUUUGAGGUCAACUUGGAUGACUGUGGUCCGAUGGUGUUGGAUGCACUCAUCAAGAUAAAAAAUGAGAUUGACCCAACAUUAACCUUUAGAAGGUCAUGCCGUGAAGGUAUUUGUGGCUCUUGUUCCAUGAAUAUCAACGGACUGAAUACAUUGGCUUGCAUCUGCAAAAUUGAUACCAAGGCAAAGACAAAGAUCUACCCUCUCCCACAUAUGUAUGUGGUGAAAGACCUUGUCCCUGACAUGACCAACUUUUAUGAACAAUAUGCAUCAAUUGAGCCUUAUUUGAAGCAGAAACAGCCAAACACAUCAGAAAAGGAAAACUAUCAGUCAGUUGAAGACAGGAAGAAAUUGGAUGGACUCUAUGAAUGUAUUUUGUGUGCUUGCUGCUCUACAUCAUGCCCAAGUUAUUGGUGGAAUGGAGACAAAUACCUUGGACCUGCAGCAUUAAUGCAGGCUUAUAGAUGGAUGAUUGACAGCAGGGAUGAUUUUCAAGAGGAAAGAUUAUCAAAGCUAAACGACCACUGGUCUGUUUACAGAUGUCAUACUAUUAUGAAUUGUACCAAAACAUGUCCAAAGGGUCUCAAUCCUGGCCUUGCCAUUGGUGAAAUAAAGAAAAUGAUGGUACUUGAUCAGCCUACUAAAAAAAGUUCUACCAACUAAUAUAUGAGGAUAUUGUCAAAUCUGUUGGCACAAUCUGCUUGAUAUUUUAUUGCUGCCUAAUUAGUCUUGCUAUUUAAAUUCUUUUUUAAUAUACUAAGCAUAUGAGUAAAGAAAUUUAGUGGAGGAUUUUAGUUACAAGGGCAUGUCUCAGUAGACUUUUUCCAUCUAUGAAAUAAAAAUUGCUUGAAACAUAAGGUUAAAAAUGUGCAUGUAUAUAAUUAACAUCGCUUUUUUCCUGAGUGAGUUAAUAAUGUUAACAAUUCUAUAAAGUUUAUUUGUUGAAGUGUGUUUAAUAAAAAAUCUCAUUCAUUUAUGCAUCCAGAACAGAAA